AUGGUCCCUCCACCAAGAGCGGGAUCAUUUUCGCCAAAUCCUGCACAAGCUCUUCAGACAGGUUUAAGCCACUCACCGCAUCCGUCGCACACUGGUGUUCUCAGUGCUGGCGCCAGCCCCAGCACCAGCAGUCCGACGGGGGCCAGCUCCCUUGUUAAAAUUGUUGUGGCACAAGUCUAUCUGCUCCUCAGUACAAUCAAAGAGGACAGAGACAGAGCCAAGUGGGAACUGCAACUUGAACAACUGAGAAAGCUUAUCGAUGACCACGGCAUGGAAGUCUUCACCAAAUAUUUCACCCGACUAGUCGUCGGCAAUGCGCCACAAAUAUUUCCUGGCCUGAAUAGGCCAGUUGCUAACCCCGGCAACUACCACAUCCUUGUCAAUGAGAUGCAGAAGAUUGCGUUUGUCCCAGAUCAGGCUGUCAAGAUUGCAGAAUCUGUUGAGAGUGGCACAGAGGACAUUUUUCGCGAUUUUGACCUGUCCACCUUCAUGGAACACUUCAAGCUAGAUGCGCUUACGAAGACGCUGCUUGCACUAGCCUUCAAGAUGGGGUCAAGGGCUGAUCUGAAGACAAAGGCUGAUGCAAUACUGUCAGCCAAUUUCAGUACCUUUGUGCAGAUGUUGGGAAUGCCUGAGAUACAUGCAGAUCUUAUCCCUGACUUCAUGGCUCUAGUUAUCGAUCGGUUCCUACAGUAUCAUCCUCCAAGCUUCAACGGCUCAUCUAGACGAGAGCUCCAUAAUGCUCUUGGAAAGCGAUACGCGUUGAUGGACCAGCCUCCUCCUUCGCAGGUUCUUGCCGUAUUAGAUCUUGCACGGGUUUUAACCGACAAGCCUGCCAAUGCCUUGACCAGAUGCAUACAAAGGACUGGCGCUGAUUUUACUCGCGAUGAAGACACUUGCUUGUCGCAUCUGCAAGGCCGCAACGGCAACUUCCAGCUCACACCGGAGCAAGUUUCUUCGGCACUCACCUUUGUGACUAUCACGCAAACACCUGAGCACGAUCCAUCGGUGUUAGUUGCUGCUCUCCGCCGGAUUGUGCCCAGGACGUUUGAUUGGAAUGAUGUCGUCGGGUCGUUCGACCAGCCUACGGCGAGAAUUACAUCAGCUCAGUUUCUGCGGUUGUAUAAGGCUCUUCUACCGGUGGCCCAGGACUCGAAGUUCGACUUUGACAUACAGCGCCUGUGGGGCGGCACAUGGUCCGAACCAGAAGCGCAAUUGUCUUUUGUUAGCGCAUAUGCUUCGUUGACCCCGGAACAGCUCGACGCUACGACGAUUCCCAAUCUCCAGCGAAGCAUCACUUUGGAGGACUACGCAAACUCGACACAGAAAGCACGCGAACGAGCAGCAGUCGCUGUGAGGCAUCCAUUGGUUUCUGUUGUCGCUCUGUCCGCCAUCUUCAGCGCUGCGCUCAGCUCGGUUCAUGCCUCCCAAACAAUCGAAGCGAAGCGACUCUUUCAAGACGUUGUGGUCCCGAAUCUAGAUAUAUUCCUUGUUUCCGCAUUCGAGGUCCCUCGAGAAUCUUGGGCCGAUAUGGCGAUCGAGACCUUGGGCUCGUUGUUUGAAAACUUUCUGUACAAACGCUCCUCCGAGUAUGAUUUUGUACUCGACAGUCUUUGGCGGAAAGACAAGGAGUGGGUGGCCACUCGUCUUGCCGAUGCACAUGCUGUGAAGCCAAGCGAUCUGCCGCUGCUUUUCGAGCAUGCAGUCAAACACAACUGGCUAGAUGAGCUCGUGUAUUCGGCCAGUGGAUUUGGUCUCGAUUUGGCAGCGCUGGCUCAUGCUGAAGGAUAUCUUGAUCUCGCGAAAUGGGCAAGAUACUUCGCUGAUCGAGAGACGGACGUUUCUAGGACACUUACUCAGUUUCUUCUGAUCAAGUGUAAUUUCGAGAUUGCAUCUCAACGACCGGAUGCGCAGCCAAAUGUCAAGGCUCAAACAAGCCUUCACGUUCGCACGGUAGCCGCUCUGCUACAGAUUCUCGAGGAUUUUAUGCCCAAGGCCCCAGUACAAGAUUUGAUUGUCGUUCAACGUCAGUGUAUCACAGCCUAUCCACGGCUCAUCAACUACGGUGAAGGUCAUGACGAGAUCAUCAAUGCAAAUUCGGCACGUGGCAACGGGCUCCCUCAAGCAGCCAAUAGCAAGAUGGAGGAACAUUACAAAAGAAUGUACGGCGAUGAAAUACCCGUCCGCACAAUCGUUGAUAUCCUCGAACGUUACAAGCACUCGAAUGACUUGCUCGACCAGGAUGUCUUUGCUUGUAUGAUCCACGGUCUGUUUGACGAAUACAAUCACUUCGUUGACUACCCUCUCGAAGCUCUGGCGACUACCGCUGUUCUAUUUGGAGGCAUCAUCUCUCACAAAUUGAUUUCUGAUCUUCCGUUGAAGAUUGGUCUCGGCAUGGUUUUGGAGGCUGUUCGCGACCACCGCCCGGAUGAGUCAAUGUACAAAUUCGGCUUGCAGGCCCUCAUGCAACUGCUUGCUAGAUUUCGCGAAUGGCCAGGCUUCUGCAAAAAUUUGCUUCAGGUUCCUGGUCUGCAAGGCACGGAGGCUCACAAAAAAGCCGAAGAGAUCGUCCGUGAGCAUGAGGAUGAUCUGGCUCGAGGGCGAGGCAGCGCCGGCACUCCUCAUUCGCUAGGCUUUGCUGGCGAUGCUCUAGCAAACGGGAAUGGCGACGAACUUGCCUUGACUAAUCAGCCAACAGCGCCAUUUUCAGCUAUUGGUAUCGACCCUGUCCCCCCAGGGGCCGUAUACGAAGAUCCCGACGAGGAAGAGCAGGGCAAGAUUCAAUUCGUACUCAACAACAUUACAGAGCAGACUCUCGAAUCCAUGUGUGAGGAGCUUCGUGACAUGUUGGAUGACAAGCAUCAACAAUGGUUUGCAAAUCAUCUGGUCGCAGAGCGGGCAAAGAUGCAGCCAAACUACCACCACGUGUACCUCGAUCUGGUCAAAUUCUUCGAGGAUCCAUCUCUGUGGAGCGAGGUGCUCAGGGAGACUUAUAUCAGCGUCGCUCGUAUGCUCAACUCCGAAGCCACGAUGCAAAACUCGACUGAGCGGACACAUUUGAAGAAUCUUGGUGGCUGGCUUGGGCUCCUGACGCUUGCUCGAGAUAGGCCCAUCAAGCACAAGAAUAUUGCCUUCAAGCAACUGCUCAUUGAAGCCCACGACACCAAGAGACUCAUCGUCGUGAUCCCAUUCGUCUGCAAAGUCCUCCUUCAGGGCGCUACUUCGGCUGUCUUUCGAACUCCCAACCCCUGGCUGAUGGAUAUCAUUUAUCUGCUCAUUGAACUUUAUCAUCACGCCGAGCUCAAACUCAAUCUCAAAUUUGAGAUCGAAGUCCUCUGUAAGGGUCUCAGUCUGGAUCAUAAAAGUAUUGAGCCCUCGGGCGAGAUUCUCAAUAGGCCAGCAGUGGAGGAGCCUGCGGUGGCGCUGGCCGCUGAGCAACUUGAGCCAUUCGAGGCAAUAUCAUUGAAUGGCCUCGGCUCUGGCGUCGGCGCCGGGCUCUCCCCUCAGACUGUGGCGCCGACCAUUCCUGACCUGAGUGCGCAGAUCACCAUCCCGCCGACAAAUGAAAUGGUAGUCAGCACCACUAGGUUGCAUGAAAUCGUUCGAAGCGCCGUCAGCCGCGCCCUGCAUGAUAUCAUCCAGCCUGUCGUCGAUAGGUCGGUUACGAUAGCUGCGAUAUCGACGCAGCAGAUGAUCAGAAAGGAUUUCGUUUGCGAGCCAGAUGAGAACCGGGUUCGUACUUCAGCUAUUAACAUGGUCAAGGCAACUGCUGGAAGUCUCGCACUUGUUACGUCCAAGGAGCCUCUCCGGGCGAACUUGACAAAUUAUAUGCGCAACCUUUCGAACGAUCUUCCGUCUGGUCUUCCGGAGGGCACGAUCAUUAUGUGUGUUAACUCCAACCUUGAUCUUGCCUGCAACAUCAUUGAGCAACAGGCUGAAGAACGUGCUGUGCCCGAAAUCGAGGAGCUUCUUGAACCUGAUUUCGAGGCAAGACGACGGUUUAAGGUACAGCAUCCCAACGAGUCAACAUACCCAGCAAACAUCAACCGCUGGGCAAUGACCAUCCCUAACCCCUUUAAGCUAUCUCCUAAUAUGCCCGGUCUUAACCCUGAGCAAAUGGCCAUUUACGAAGACUUUGCCCGCCAGCCGCGUAACACAACAACGAUAGCGGCAUCUGGCGCGAACCACGAGCCCUCGGCUUCUGAUGCGACAAGAUCGCUCGCCAACGAGGUGCUACAAGAGCCUUUCUCCACUAUGGCAAAUAUUCCCACACCUGCAGAGACACCUUCACUCCCACAGCUCGGCUCGCAAAUGCAAGCAUAUGGUCCUCCACAAAGUGCGGGGGGGAGCAUGUCCAACGGAAGGUCAAGCAGUUUCCCUACGGAGGCGCAUGUUUUGGCAGAACGUCUGACUAAAUUGCUGCAAGAACUGCUUCGUACUGCUGGCGAUGCCCGCGAGGAGCACUUUGCCGACUUGCCCCGCCCUCAUCAAGUUCUUGACGUCGUCGACGCGCUAGUUCAAUUAUUUAUCAAGACUUCUCAGAACUCAGAAGAUUUCCCCAUUUAUGCUGCUGAGCAGAUCACUGCUGUCAUCUUCCAGCAGGUGGAAGACAACUUGACUCUGGAGAGCCUCGUUCACGUCCUGGAAACGCUACGCAAAAUCUCUAGUCCCGGUUUGAAUAGCCGUGUGCGUGCUCUGUUCAGUCAACAGCCAGGCAGCAGCUUCCUCAGCUUGCCUCUGCUUGCCGCCCUUACGCGCACUGAUCUCCUUGAUUGGAGAACCAUCGACCUUGCCAUGUCCAAGGCCCUCGUGGCUAAAAAGGAAGGCUCUCUCGAGUUCUUAGAACAGAUGUUCGACCUCGUUCUGCUCAACAGUCGCCCCAUUGCUCUCUAUUCCGAUUUCGUCCGCACGUUGGAGGAGGCAUGGAGUUGGAUCAACGUGGAUGAUGAAUCCGUUGUCGGAGAGAGGCUCAAGGGUAAGCUUGUCGGCUCCGGUAUGUACGCGCCGUCACAAAGCAAUGGCAACGAGUCCUCCUCGAGACGAGAUCAAAUGGAGUAUGUCUUUGACGAAUGGGUGCACUUAUGCAACAACCAGAAUGCAUCAGAUGGCGCGGUUGACGUCUUUGUCAAGCAGCUGCGCGCUACGCAGGUCAUUCGUAACAAAAGCGACUUCUUUAUGUUUGUCCGCACAAGCAUUGACUUCUCUAUCGACCGUUUCGAGCACCUGAUCCAUACAGGAGGUGACGGUUACGUUAUGAUUGAUGCUCUUGCGAAGCUCAUUGGCCUGUUUGUCAGCAUGCACCAGGACGGCGUCACUUCUCGUGCAUCAUUUGUGGACUCAGUGUUUGUCAUUGUUACCUUGGUACUUUAUCACCAUCAUACGAAUCGCGGUGAGCACCUGAAUCAGCGACUGUUCUUCCGCCUCUUCUCAAUGCUGCUCCACGAGCUGCACAGCAUAUGCGACUUGCUGCCCGAGGACGAAUCAAGUCAAAUCAUUCUGACCAUCGCCAGCAGAAUGGAGCCACUCGGUCCAUUUCAUUUGCCUGGCUUUGUCUUUGGCUGGCUCUCGCUUCUGCAACACCGAUCCUUCUUGCCAACCUUGCUGACUGUGCCUGAUUACGCCGGGUGGAAGCCCUUCGCUAGACUCCUACGUCAGCUUUUGGACUGUCUUAGCGAGCAGCUCAAGGCCUUCAGCGUGUCGCCUGUGGCCAAGGACUUGUACAGAGCUACGCUCAAACUCCUCGUCAUUCUUCAACACGACUUUCCCGAUUUCGUCGCGGCGCAUCACGUUGAUCUCUACAAGAGCAUUCCUCCCCACUGCACCCAGCUACUCAACGCUGUCCUCGCCGCUCACCCGCCGCAAAGUUACAACAUGAGGGCGGCCACCAAGAUCAAGAGGGCUGCUGAAUCCGAAGAGACGAAGGUCUAUCCCGGUCUCGUCGAUGACGCAAAAGCCAUACUGCAGCAGGCAGGCCUCAUCGAGGGUAUCGAGCAAGUCGUUCAGGGGGCCACUUCCGAGGGUAUCAUGGCACAGAUUGUCCACAAUAUGAGCACCGGAUCCAACGAGACUACAUUUGGCCACGUCCCAGUUUCUGCCAAUGUUGAUGUUAUUAAUGCCGUCGUCAUUUAUAUUGGCAAUCACGCAGCGGAACGACUAUUUGGCGCCGAGCCGAUGACGAUCAACGGCAAGGAGCCGGAAGCUGCAGCGUUGUCUGUGCUGGUGCACGAGGUGACUUCCGAGGCCAGAUACUAUCUAGUAUCAGGCAUAAUAAACCAGCUACGGUACCCCAACAUGCACACUGAGUUCUUUAGCCAGCUGCUAUUGCAUAUCUUUGGCAAGGACCUGCAUGAUCCGGAAGACACAGAUAUCCGCCAAGAGAUCACGAGAGUCUUGCUAGAGAGACUCAUUGGAUUCUGGCCACAGCCAUGGGGACUGAUGUACACGGUCGUUGAGCUCCUUAAAAACGAAAAGUACAUGUUUUUCGAUCUGCCAUUUCUGAAGUCUACUCCCGAGGUGGCGGAAAGAUUUGAUAAUAUUCUUCAGCGGAUUUAG